AUGGAUCACUCGAGAGAUCCCUGUCCCUGGGUCGCCCUGAGCGAUUUCGGUGGUGCUUUUUGCAUGGGUGCUAUCGGUGGUGCGGUUUGGCACGGUGUGAAGGGUUUCAGAAACAGCCCCUACGGCGAGCGACGGAUAGGUGCCAUCACAGCCAUCAAGGCUCGAGCGCCCGUCCUCGGUGGUAACUUUGGUGUCUGGGGUGGUCUGUUCUCGACGUUCGACUGCGCGAUCAAGGGUAUCCGGAAGAAGGAGGAUCCUUACAAUGCUAUCAUUGCUGGUUUCUUCACUGGUGGCUCUCUGGCUGUUCGUGGUGGUGUCAAGGCCGCUAGGAACUCUGCCAUCAUGUGCGCUGUUUUCCUGGCCGUCAUUGAGGGUGUUGGUAUUGGGUUCCAGAGGAUGAUGGCGGACAACACAAAACUAGAGCUCCCUCCCCCUCCUCCGUCUGGCGAAAAGGCCAUCGCAUAAAUCACCUAAUGUCUUACCAUUGCAGCUACAAUUCUUCCUCCGCUGUGAGCCGAAUUCCCAUCUAUGUCCUAUAUUAUUACG